AUGACUUGUGACCGGGAUAUCAUCGUUGGAAUUGACUUCGGUACUACUGCCUCAGGCAUUGCUCUCUUCAUACCUCCAUAUGGCAGAGCAGGAAACGUCUUCAAUGAUGUUGAGACUUUCCAGAGCUGGGAAGGCUCAUUUACCAGAAAUGAUCUAGUCAAAGCUCCGAGCGUUCUGACGUACAGCAGGGAGAGCUCAAGUCUGCCCAUACCUCCUUGGGGGGGCCCAAUUCUAGCACAGCACAUGGAAUCCAUCUCCUGGUUCAAGCUCCUGCUGGACGGAGAACUAGAUACUAAGAAUUUGAUCCAUGAAGCCCAAGGGUGGGCGAAUUCUAGGGGAAUUCUUCAUAUUCCUGAGGGAAUGACUGCGCUUCAAGUCAUUGCUGACUUUCUGACCUGUCUUCAUCGCGUUUUAUGGCAAAGGUUAGGGGUAUUAGUGAAUGCAUCAGGUGGAAAGUUGGAUACCACAACUAUCCAGUUUUGGUUCACAGUCCCUGCUUCCUGGUCUGACACGACCAGAGCGCUGAUGCGAGAGGCAAUCAGCAACGCCAGCUUUGGCACGAGACAUGGAGAUCAAGUUCAUUUGCUCACCGAGCCGCAGGCCGCUAUGACAUUUGCUCUGGCAGCAGUAUCCUCAUUCACGACCGGAGAUGGAGUGAUUAUCUGCGACUGCGGUGGCGGAACAGUUGACCUUGCCAGUUAUUAUAUCUCACAUGAUAACCCAUUGAUUUUUGAUGAGCUGGCCCACAGCAAUGGGGAACUGUGCGGAUCCACUUUGAUUGAUAGGGAAUUCUACCGGCUCAUGUGUGAGAGGUUCGGUGAUGCUUUCGAAAGCUUACCGUCGGGGCACAUCAAUCUAUCCAGUGCUUUCAUGGGUAGUUUCGAGAGAAUCAAAUGCAGAUUUGGUCAGUCUAAUGAAACAAUCCACCAUCUACGGUUAGAAAUGUCCCCGCAAAAUCCUUUAGAUGCUAGGUGUGACGACCUUCGAAUGUUAUUUCACCCUGCUCUUGCGGGGAUCGUCCAGGCGAUUCAACGUCAGAUUGAAGAGGCGAAUGGCUCUGCCCGUGAAAUCGUGGUUAACAAGAUUGUCCUUGUGGGGGGAUUCUCUCUUUCGCCUUAUGUCUACGAAAAUAUUCGGAAGAUAUUCGGAAGUGACUUUGUGAUCCAUAGGCCAGAUGAUGGGAUAAUGGCCGUGGCCCAAGGGGCGGUCUUAUGGGGAUCCGGCGCUUGCCGGCCUCGGACCAGAGUGGUUCGAUGCCACUACGGAUUUCAAGGGCCGAUUUUGACAGAUCAGUCAUUGAAAAAUGAAGCGGCUCUUUUUGCUGCGGGAGAACGGUACAAUGCGAAUUACGUUCAUGAACAGAGUGGUGUUCUGCUGCAUCGUCAAGGAGAGACUGCUAUCAAGACAAUCAUCAUUUGCUGUUCGGAAAGAGACCCUCCACCUACCAGCGUCAACGAUACAGGAACUGCGUCGAUUGGUCGCCUGAUUUGCGACAUCUCCCGUGUCCAUUUACCCAACUGCCUCCACUUUGAAGUGGACUGCCAGUUACACUAUUUUGUGGAGUAUCAGAUCCGUGUUCAACUGGGCGAAUGUGGUGGGCUAUUACGCUUUGAAGUCACUUGUCAGGGGAAAGCACUCGGGAAAGGAGAGGUCAGAGUUGAUUACUUCAGAAAAGCAGUCAAGAACUAA